UAACCGAUAAAUGUUGAUCGUGUAAAUGGUACGCAUGUGUCCCGUGUACAACGUAAUAAAAAAUAUAAAUAAAAAAUACAAAUAGUCUGGGAUUGUCUGGGAUAACGGGGUGUGACGUGCAAGUUGGAAGAAAAGAAAGACAUAAAAUUAAAAAUUCACGACAAAAGCAUUGUCAAUUGUCAUUAUUUUCUUUUAACCAAUAUAAUCAACAGUUUAAUAAGUUUAUAACAAUUAUUUUAUUGAAAAAUGGAGGGAAAUAAAAGGAUUAAGCAAAUGCAUUUGCCAUUAUUAGAAACCAAUGGAUCCACCAUGAACGAGGAUUCUGAUCGAUCCAUCAACAUUUUGCCUGAUGAAUGUUUGAUAUUAAUUUGUUCACAUCUCUCAUCCAUUGAUAGAUUAAACAUGGAAAAAGUUUGUCAAAGUUGGAAAGCGAGUGUCAGUCCAUUAAUCUGGAAUAACAUUACUAAAUUUGAUGCUCGCGGGUAUCAACAGUUGACUGUUGAAAGGUUGAUAACUCGAUGUGGAAGAUUUUUAAAAGAUUUGAUUCUUGAUUCAUCAUGUGAUUACAGUAUAUUUCCAAUUGUUGGUGAACAUUGUAUUAAUCUUGUCAAUUUUGAUUUUGGUUUACGACCAAAUUUUGAAGAAAUGUAUUUUCGUAAUUCAUUCAACAACAUGAAGAAGCUCAAAUCAAUAAAAAUUUGGGCUGAUGACAGUAAUUCUAUUGAUAAUUUAGCUCAUAUUUUCCAUAGUAUUCAUAAUGACAUUGAAGAAAUUUCAUUUUUUACACCUCUAAAAUAUGUAAAACCUAUGUCAAAAAGAUGGCCUAAUGUAUUCGAAAAAUUUACAACACUUCGUAAAAUUUUAAUGUUUCAUUGUGAGCUUAAUGAUGAAAUUAUAGAUAUGAUUAAUAAAAAAAAAACAACACUUACCGAAUUGACAUUGAUUUAUUCAUGUUUUUGGAGCUCCAUUCAAUUGGAUCUUCCAAAUUUAGAAUCUUUGUGUCUACGACAUUGUCCCGUUGUUAUUGAAAAUUGUUUGAUUAACGGUGUACCAAAUAAUUUCAAACAAUUAAGUAUUGUAAAUCUUGGUUUGUCCGUUUCAAAUGAUAUGAUAUCACAAGAGACAGUUUCUCGUAUUGGAAAACAAAAUUUAAAAAAACUGCGUUUGGACAACACCAGCUUUUGUUUUGGUAAAUUAACGAAAAAUUUAUUCAAUCUCAAAUUUUUGGAUUGUGCUCGUUGUGUCGCCGUAACAGAUUCUAAUAUAAUAACUGUUUUAAAAAAUUGUAAAAAUAUUCAAUUUUUAUAUCUUGUUGGUACUAGUAUUACUGUAAACACUCUUUGCUUUGCUGUUGAUGUUGUUAAUCAACGUGAGCGAGGACCUCCACUAAUUAUUAGUGUUAAUAGAAAUGUUUAUGAUGAUUUUUUUAAGAAAGAUGGUGUUAUAAUUCCUCAUUUAUUGGCUAUUAAAAAAGUUGUGUAA